UUCGUUUCAGUUUGCGCCGCGGGAUAGGCAGAAGUAUUAGAGGCGGCGGCAGCACCGGUCGCGCCGCCUAUUUAUACUCUACGCCAUUCGCGAACUAAAGUUAUAAAUAGUUGUCUAUUUUCAUUGCAGUUCUUGUGUUUUGUGUGUGGAAUAUGAUUUUGAAUUGGUAUGACAGAGUAUCAAGAAACCGUCAUAUUCUUUUCCAAAAAAACAGAACUUUUUAACAGAAAUCAAUGAAUAAAUGAAACGCAUUUAAAUAAUUAAUAUUAAUUAAAAAACAAUCGAAAAUAAAUGGCAUUUCGACGAAAAACAGUUUGACAGUUCAAGUGUUAGUGCGAAAGAGAUAGAUUUAUAUCGAGUGUGGCUGAGAGACAAGGAGGGAAGAUGUCGCUGGUAGCGCCUAGAAGGGUCCAACUUGAUUGGGCGCCUUCCAUAAUACCAUGGGAACAGGAGCCGACGUGUGAGCGAGAGACAUCGUUCAAGAAGGAGGCACCGCAACAAUCUAAUAGGACAGAAUCGUCGACAUCAUCAGCGGACACCGCGUCCCAAGGAUCUGGGUCGGCUGCACCCGCACAGAAGGCACGACGACAUGAACCACAGAGGGAAGAGCGUCGCCAGGAAGCGGCUAGUGCCCCGCGAAUCCAACCAAACCCAUUAUUGAGGUCUCGUACCCUCCCGAACUUCGGCGGUCGUCAGUCGCGCGAGGCGUCCAGGUGCGACACCUCGCGGCGCGCGCACCACAUCACCAUGGCGUCCGAGGACCUGCUGCAGCCGGGGCACGUUGUCAAGGAACGAUGGAAGGUGGUAAAGAAGAUCGGCGGCGGUGGUUUCGGCGAGAUAUACGAAGGCUUGGACCUGGUGACGCAGGAGCAGGUGGCGCUGAAGGUGGAGUCGGCGAGGCAGCCCAAACAGGUGCUCAAGAUGGAGGUCGCUGUGUUGAAGAAAUUGCAAGGCAAGGAGCACGUGUGCCGCUUCAUAGGCUGCGGCCGCAACGCUCGCUUCAACUACGUCGUGAUGCAGCUGCAGGGGCGCAACCUCGCCGAGCUACGCAGGGCGCAGCCGCGGGGGGCGUUCUCACUCUCUACUACGCUUAGACUGGGAUUACAAAUACUCAAAGCUAUAGACUCUAUACACUCCGUGGGAUUCCUACACAGAGACAUUAAACCUAGUAAUUUCAGCAUAGGCCGUCACCCGUCGAACUGCCGCAAGGUGUACAUGCUGGACUUCGGGCUGGCGCGCCAGUACACCACCAGCAACGGACAGGUGCGCCCGCCGCGCGCCGCCGCCGGGUUCAGAGGAACCGUCCGCUACGCGUCAAUAAACGCGCAUAAAAACAAAGAGAUGGGCAGACACGACGAUCUAUGGUCGCUGUUCUACAUGCUCGUAGAAUUUGUCAAUGGACAGCUGCCUUGGAGAAAGAUUAAGGAUAAAGAACAGGUCGGUUUAAUGAAAGAGAAGUACGACCACCGCCUCCUACUGAAGCACUUACCAUCAGAACUGCGCCAGUUUUUGGAACACGUGCAGCAAUUGGAGUACGCCGACUCGCCGGACUACGCCAUGCUGACGUCACUGCUCGAACGGUGCUGCAAGCGGCGCGGGAUCCGGGAUACAGACCCUUAUGAUUGGGAGAAGGAUGCGGUGUCGGUGUCCCGCACCCGCGCGGCGGUGCACGCGGCCCCCGACCACACCACGCCGCACGACGCGCAGCUCGACAUCACGCGGCGUCGCGUAGAAACCGAAGCUACCACAGCCGUGGCGACGGAGACCGGCACCCCCCAUAACAAGGACAAGUUGCCGGACAAGCGCCCCCACCCCGCCUCGCCGCGACACCAGCCCCACCAUCUUAAUGGAUACUCGACGACGGACAAGCCCACAACAACGGAUAAGGAGGCGGAGCCUAGAACUACACCGGCGCCCUCUCCCGACAGACAUGCCAAGCAACAAGAGACGUCGACGUCAGCGGUGACGGGUACGACGACGCGGCCCGAGCGACAGAGCGUGCCGCCCUGUAAACCCAGGCCGCCGGCUCCGGGUGGAGGCCCGACCCUGGCCCGUCUCCGAGUGGUGACGGCCCCGCCUACCUGUGUACAGGAACUCGCCGCGGCAUCGCCUGCUACUCCCGGUGAAGCCGUGAGUCCUAGAAUAAUUGCGGCCGACGUGGACAGCGUACACUCUGACACGCAUUUCAAGAGAGGAGCGCGUCGUACAGCCCGCGCCCGCGCCGACCAAAGUUACACGCAGUUCGCAGUCAUGGACGAUGAAAACGUUUCCGCUUUGCAACAGGUCACAAAAGGCGGAGCCCUAACUCUGGUGUCUCUAUGGAAGUCCCAGUUCGAUGACUCCGAGGAGACCACAGACAACGAAUGGAAACAGGAACAGUUGCAGUCCCCGGAGCGCGCGCGCACGUCGGGCGUGUCGUCGUGUUCCCACCGACAGCCCACGCAGCCCAGCACCCACUCCACACUACACACCGUGCAGCAUCUGCUCGUGCACCAGGCUGCUCAACAGACGGAAAAGACCUCCCCCCCCGGCCCAGUCGCGCCCCCAGCCCCAGUAACCCCCGCGCCCCCGGCACCCCCACAAGCGCGCCCCCCGGAGCCUACAAGACAGAACAGCGAGCCCUCACGACGUCCCACGGAGAAUAGGAAGAAAGUACACUGUCUGUACAUACCGGGUAUAGACGCCUAUCCGAAGUUGCAGCCUAGUUUGCCGCGAUGUUGGUCGUUGCCUGCUAUUGGCUGCCGCGUCCGCUCGCUGCGCGCGCCGCUGCUGCAACAAGCGUCGUUCGACGGCAGCGCGGGCUCCGUGCGCUACCGGCUCGACGUCAUGCGCGGCGUGGCGGCGCGAGACCACGACGCCAUAGACGUCGCACCGCCGGCGCCGCAGAGGGCGCUCAGUGCGCCUAGCCUAUCCAGUUCAUCAAGCAGCGCCGUACCUCCGAAGCCGGCCCCCGAGGCCGAGGGUCCGACCGUGUCCAGCAGACUGGAGAUCAGGGUCCGGCCGCCGGACUCCACCUCGCCCGGCCACUCCGUGAAGAUUCAGUCUGUAGUGAGCGGAGAGACGCGGCCGAACCACGACGAGGCUUCCGUCUACUACGACGCCACGGAGCAUCAUCGGGACAAACGGUCAUCGACACGGAGCGGGGAGAAGAGUCAGAGUCCAGCUGUGGAGAGGACACGGUUAGACGCUAUACCGGACAGGAGUAUAAUGGCAAUUUAUAAGAAAGAAGCUUCAAGCGCUGCCGGAGACGGAUCGCAGAGUUUAAGAGAUCGGUCGUCGGGCAGUGCGUCGACGUCCCGCAUCCCGGUGGCGUGCGGCGCGGAGCAGCGCCUGGCCAAGUGCGCCAGCUGGAGCGGGGACGGGCCGCUGCAGCCCGACGUCGCGGACCUCACGCCCGCGCUGCGGCGGCGCCGGCAGAAUGCAAACGAUAAGUACGCCGUAGACCCGGCCCGGGAAUUGAACCUACGGUUCGCGAGGCCGCGACACCGACAGCCGCCGCACCAUCAUUCUAGAGCGGCCCCCGGCAGCCGCAGCGCGUCCCGCGGCGUGCCGGCCGUGCUGCUGUCGUCGCCGCCCGCGUCCGCCGGCUCCUCGUCGUCCGGCUCGCCCCCGCCCCCGCCCCCGCGCCCGCCGCGCCCCCCGCCGGCCCGCGGCGCGCCCCCACCGCACAACGCGGCCCGCGCGCGACGCUUCCGACCGCUCUCCAUCGCGCCCUAACUCAUAUCAUGACACCUACUACAUAUAUAUAUGUUCUACACUGCACUUGUAUCAAUGUAUGGCCACCAGAUGGCGCUAUGUAUCAAGAUAUGUUUAGUCCAAUUACAACAGUUCAAAAAUGUUAAUGGUAAAAGAGCGUACUCCUUUUUAAAAGGCCGGCAACGCAUCUGUGACUCCUCUGGUGUUGCGGGUGUCCAUUGGCAAGUGACUCGUUUGCUCGUUUGCCACCUAUUCCAUAAAUAAAAUGUUGAGUGUCCAAUCGUGUGCUAGCUAAUUUCUUAUUGGACGAAGAACAGGUUCAUAUUAGCGCUGUCUUGUGGGCUAAAAUACGAUAGGCCCAAUUGCAAGCAUGUUGUCGUGUCUUAAGCUUAAUGCCGUGAUAAUACGACGGCGUAUUCAUACGCUUGUAAAGACUAAUUAUUAUGUUAUCGGUAUGCCAACGUGACGAUACGAUAAAGACUAAUUAUUAUGUUAUCGGCUUACUCACGUAACUGUUUGACGAGGAACUCGACUAGUUUCAAGCCAUGCUAGAGGCUCAUAUUCACUUAUAAAAAAUACGUGUUUAAUGUUUUAAAAUAAUCUACAAGACAGACAUUGAAAUAAAAAUUAGUCGUCUACCGUAUUGUAAUGAUUUUAUUUCAUAUUCAUGCAUACAAUCUUGAAAAAUGUUGGGUAAAAUAAAAAAAAUACUGUCAUCGUAAAAUGGACCCUAUAAACAAAAGUGCAUGUGUAGAAAUAUGUUCGUUAUUACAUAUAAGAUCGUAUAGCCUAUAAGGGCGAUUAUUGCAUUUCUUCAAUCACGCCUUACAAAAAUUGAAAUUGAGUCUUGUAUUUUAAUUUUUUAUAUAAUUAAUGCGAAAAAGAAAUUAUGUUUUAUUUUGUACAUAUUGGAUUGAGCGUAGAUAUUAUGUGGAUUUACUUCUACUACUUAUUCUUUAACUAUCGUACUCUGACGUCAUUCACACGCUCGCAUCGCACGCAUCGCACGCAUUCCGUAUGACGUCAUCAGUACGCAUCGCAUGUAGACAUUGCCGAUGAUGCGGUCCGUACGAUGCGGAUCAGUGGACGCAGUUGUAUGAGUUUCUAUACAAGACAAACUAAAAUCCGUUGCGUGCGAUGCGUACGAUGCGGGCCAAUAAUGGUUACUCAACCCAGUCCUUAGCAAUUGUUUUCGAAAUAAAUUCGUUACUAAGGAAUAGUUUAAGUAAUCAUUAAAUGUCUCUGAGUGCGGCUGUUAGCUAGUUGUGUUAACUUUUGGUAUCUUUUUAAAAAGAAAGAAAGAAAGAUCUUUUAUCUUUUUAUGCAGCUCAUUGUGAAAAUAUGUCGUAUAAUUUAGCAAGUACCAAUGUGACUUUUUCCGAGUUAUAUGUACUUUCUAAGAUUGUUUAGACACCACUGACAAACGGUGAAGGAAAACAUUUUUUUUAAGCUGUGUCACUCAAGUAUGUGAAAGAGAUACCAAUAAUUUAACUCAACAUGGCUUUAAUAACCAAAAUGUCUAUUAUGCUAAAUGUAACUUUAAUUCCAUAUAUUUAAAGUUCAAUUUACAUUGAGAUCACUUUAUUAAAAUGCCAAGCGAUAAUAGACUUUAUGUAAUGGAGUUAAGUCACAUUUAGUCAUGUAGUCGUUUUGGUUAGUAUUGUAAAUUAUUUUCUUUUGUAUAAAUACCUACUUUAUUGUGUAUUGAAUAGGGGUGAAAGUUA